CAAUUCGAUUGCGAAACACGGGUAAUGCCCUCUUCCAUCUCAAUUCCGAACAGCAGUAACAGCAAUGUCGCCUCCCAUUCCGGUCACCAUAAUCACCGGCUUUCUCGGCGCGGGCAAAACAACAAUCAUCCUUAAUCUGAUCCGCCAAGUACCCCCAGACUACCGGCUAGCUCUUCUAAAAAACGAGUUUGGGGAUCUGGCCGUGGACUCUCAAUUAGCGUCUGCGAACUCCAUUUCCGGCGUCCGCGAGCUUCUCAACGGAUGCAUCUGCUGCAACCUCGUGGGACAACUGGGCGACGCCCUCCUCCAACUCUGCGAUGAAGUAAAUCCAGACCGCAUCGUCAUCGAGACGAGCGGCAGCGCAUUCCCCGCCACGUUAGCAAUGGAAGUGAACCGAAUCUCGCGUGAGAACGAUGGCAAAUUCGUAUUAGAUGGGGUCAUCAGCGUGAUAGACGUGGAGAACUGGGAAGGCUACGAUGACACCUCAUACACGGCGAAGUUGCAGGCGAAGUACACGGAUCUGAUCAUUUUCAAUAAAUGGGAGGACGUACCGGAGGACCGGUUUGAUGUGUGUUUAGACCGCGUGGCAGAUCUGGAGCUUGAUACGGCCUGGGUAAAGUCUGCAAAGGGUUUCGUGGACAAGGACGUCUUGUUGGGAAUUGAUGGGGCGUUGCUGGCCAAGGAGAUAUCUGAUCGCGGACAUGCUUCAUUGGAUCUUGUGUUGUUGAACGGAAUUGAUAAUACGGCGGCUAAGGAGGCUUAUGUGCAAGAGCAUAGUCAUGGGCUUGGUGAGCCUCGGGAAAAUGAGCAUCAGUCCGAGGUGGACGUGCUCUCGGUUUCGCUUACCAGCUCUCAGCCGUCCGACACUGUCAAUACGGAGGCAUUUACUACGCUCCUCUUAUCCGCGCCCAAGGAUGAGGUCUACAGGAUAAAAGGCAUUAUCCAAUUCCCGGCUGAUUCACCUCCGGAAGACUCGUCAGGAGAAAAGGCUCAGGCGCCUACACCAAAACCGACACCAGCACCCAUAAGGGACGAAGGAAAUGGAAAUGUUGAUGGAGUUGUCGCACCUGAGAGAGGAACAGCCACCAUCAAGACGCAGAAUUACAUCCUUAACUGGGCGUUUGGCCGAUGGACGUAUACUCGCUCUCCGGCUUCCAUAGGCAAUGCUUCUAGCACUAGUAAAGAAGGCGCAAGAACGGUACCUCCCGAAAGCGCCAUAAUUGCAUCUAUGACACUCAUCCUUGCCAGAGGUGAAUCUCAUAAGUGGACGCGGAAACUAGAGAGUGAAGGGCUGUUGGAGGUCGCAGGUGACUCUGCAGAAAAUAGGCGGGGAGUGACAAAGGUGGAGCGGCUUGCUUGAUGCGUUGAUGUACAGGUUGACAAGGGGCAGGGAGGGGUGACAAGAUAUGAAAGUUUACCUGAUGUAUGUACAUACAUACAACGAGAAGCGAUCUCAAGCAUAUUAUUGCAUCUAUUGUAUAUAUUUUUCGUAUAUAAUUAUCUAUAUGUUGGAAGCCAAAAGCAGCUGGAUUUCAUAGAAGUUUGGAUAGACAAAACAGGGACAAGGGUAAACGGGGGAAAGUCUGAUAUACACUUACAAAAUUUAUCAAACAUCAAAUGAAGGAUGCAUCCUUAUUAUUCAUUUUUAC